UCAUCUUCUUAUUCACGAUCAUCGUCUAUCAUUUGCAGUUCAUAACCCCAACAAAACCCUCCCUGCUCGAUCCUCUCUGGUUCGCUUCCAAAAAUGGAGCCUGUUGUUCCAAUUGCAGUGCUGUCGGUUCUGAUUGGAGCUGUUAUCGCUUUCCUUUUCUUCUGGAAUUACUUUCUCCAGAGAAAAUCCGAGGUCCGUUCCAUAGCCAAACCGGAGCUCCAUUCGGAUCCGAAGAAGCAUACAAAACCUGCUCAACCAGUCUCCAGGAAAUCUCACCCCAAGUCUCACUCUCAUCACGCCUCCGAUAAGGAUCAAAACAAGCGACAUCAUCCGUUAGAUUUGAACACUUUGAAAGGUCAUGGGGAUUUGGUGUCAGGACUAUGUUUCUCUUCUGAUGGGCGGAGUUUAGCAACUGCCUGUGCCGAUGGAGUGGUCAGGGUAUUCAAGUUGGAUGAUGCUUCAAGUAAAAGUUUCAAGUUUCUUAGAAUUAAUUUGCCUGCUGGAGGUCAUCCAUUGGCAGUCGCAUUUUCCGAUGAUUCUUCCGCUGUAGUUGUCGCUUCCCAAACACUUUCUGGUUGCUCUUUAUAUAUGUAUGGAGAAGAAAAACCCAAAAAUCCUAAUGAAUCAACGCAGCAAACCAAGCGUCCUCUACCAGAAAUCAAAUGGGAACAACACAAAAUUCAUGAUAAGCAGGCUAUUCUGACCCUGGAAGGAAGGAGAGCAACUUAUGGCAGUGCUGAUGGGAGUACAAUAGUUGCCUCUUGCUCGGAAGGGACUGACAUUAAACUUUGGCAUGGAAGAACAGGGAAGAAUUUGGGAAGUGUUGACACAAAUCAACUGAAAAACACUAUGGCUACUAUAUCUCCAAAUGGACGUUUUAUUGCAGCUGCAGCUUUUACUGCAGAUGUGAAGGUCUGGGAAAUUGUAUACUCAAAGGAUGGUUCCGUCAAGGAGGUUUUAAAAGUAAUGCAGCUCAAAGGGCAUAAGAGUGCAGUAACUUGGUUGUGCUUUACUCCAAACUCGGAGCAAAUUAUUACAGCAUCCAAGGAUGGUUCAAUAAGAGUUUGGAACAUUAAUGUGCGCUAUCAUCUUGAUGAGGAUCCGAAGACUCUUAAGGUUUUUCCAAUUCCACUUCAUGAUUUGAAUGGUGCUACUUUGCAAUAUGAUCGUCUCAGCAUUUCUCCUGAUGGAAAGAUUUUGGUGGCAACUCAUGGCUCAACAAUACAAUGGUUGUGCCCUGAAACUGGAAAGGUUUUAGACACAGCUGAGAAAGCCCAUGAUGGUGACAUCACAUGCAUUUGUUGGGCUCCUAGGACCAUCGCAAUGGGUGAUGGACAGGUCUUGGUUUUAGCCACGGCCAGUAUUGACAAGAAAGUAAAAUUGUGGGCGGCACCAUCACCACAACGGGAUUCAUCUUAAUCGGAUUCAACUUCAACCCCUUUGUUUUUGACUAAGCAUUUGGAAGCAGCUCUGUGUCUGACUGGAGUCUUUUGACCGGAGGCUUUGGCAGUAUUUGGAUUUAGAUCCUUCUCCAUUCCAUUUUGGCCUUACCACUGCCUGAAAGCUGCUUUCGUGUUUGUCGACAAAAGAAGGAACAACUCGCUUUUGGUAUGAGAACUUGAAGAACAAAUUUUGGCGUGUAAUUUGAGCAAAAUCACUGGGAAUGGAACUUGCAAUGCUAAGUAUUUAUUUACAGUUUUAUAUAUUUCAGAGAAACAAAAUGAAUAAAAGAAAGAUAAGUAUUGAUAUGGUA